CAACUGCAACUUCUAUAAUGUUGUCUUUCUGUUACGCAACGCAUAACCUUAAAGUGCGGUAAGAUGUGAGCCAAUCAGCAGCCGGCUGGCUAGUAUGAAGAAAAGAUUGCUCUUUAUUGCGUUAUAACGCCGGUACUGUGCGUCGACAUUGGUUCACUUUCUCAAAUCCAUCGCUUUCACAACCAGCGGUAUUUUCUGUAGUUUAGACAUCGAAGGUUUUAAAACUGUACCACUUUUUCAAAUUAAUGUGAAACAUUUGAACCGCCAAAAAAAGCUUUCGUUAGAGUUUCGGCUAUCGACUAUUGUUAUUGUGGAAUUCAUAACUGAAUGGGAUUGGCAAGUUUUUAUUGGUGCAAUGAUGUAUAAACACGGCCAUAGUGUUCUCAAGAUCGUUGACCAUUCGAAAUACUUCGAGGUCAAAAUUGUACCAGCAUUGUUGGAUAACUAUAUGUACAUUAUCGUGGAUAAAUACAAAAAAGAAGCCGCAGUCAUAGAUCCCGUGGAGCCCGAACGGAUUAAAGAUAUUCUGGACGAUGAAGAACUGCAGUGCACCCUGAAAUCUGCCUUCAUUACCCAUCACCACUGGGAUCAUGCGGGCGGAAAUACCAAAUUGCUAACCUUGUACCCUGGAAUCGAAAUCUAUGCUGGAGAUGACCGCACAGAAGGCUAUACAAAACUUGUCAAAAACAAUCAGGUUCUAAAGAUCGGGAACCUGACUGUGUGCUGCAUGUCAUCGCCUUGCCAUACUUCCGGUCACAUGAGUUACUAUGUAACCGGAAAUCAUGGCGAAUCUCCAGCAUUAUUUUCUGGUGAUUCCAUCUUUUUGUCCGGAUGUGGAAAAUUUUUUGAAGGGAGCGCUGCCCAGAUGUUUGAUAAUAUGCAGACGCUUACUACGUUACCGAAACCAACGAGAAUAUACUGUGGUCAUGAACUAACUGUGAUGAACCUGAAGUUCGCGUACAAAGAGGAUCCUGGAAAUCUGGAUUUAGCAGAUCGACUGGAAUGGGCAAAGAAAUGCCGAACAAAUGCCGUGCCCACCGUCCCUUCGACGGUUGAGGAAGAAAUGCGCUUCAAUCCCUUCGUUACGGCCAUUAACGCCACCGUUCUGGAUGAGCUGCGUCAGCGGCGGAAUCGUUUUCGCAGUCACAAGAAGAACCGCGAUUCCAUUACAUCGCUGACCUCCUCCGCAUCCACUUCCCCCGUGGACCGCAGCGGCGCCGCUAGUGCCGCAUCAUCCGGUAUUUCCUGCUAAACGGCAUAUACAGAGUACGCACGUGGGCCUAGAACGUAUUUUAUCGCACCAACUGACGACGAAGUGAUUCCAGUUUCUUUCGGGCAAUGUAUUUCGCUCUAGAAAUAGCAUUCAAUUUCCUUGCACUCUAAACCUUCUUGGACGAAUCAUAGGAUUUCGUGUUCUAAGUAGAACAAAUGUGUAGAAGAAAUUGUACAAAUGCUAUCCUGUCAGAUUCAUAAUUCAGUUUGAGGUAAAAUUUCCGAAGCUUGAUUUACUGUACCAUGUUCGUGCUUUCUGCUGCAAAUUUAAGUGUUGUAACUGCUAUGCGCAAUGUUUCGGCAAUAACAGUCAUA